AUGGCGUUCCUACUUCGAAAGUGUUACCUGCUUAUCGCAGUCUUUGUCGGCCUACCGCUGAUCGUGGCGUCGGACGUGGACACACGCAACGUGACCAAUGUCCUCGGCAUCCCUUCAUGUGCGCUGAACUGCCUAUUCCCCUUUCCUCCAAACUGCAACAAUGGCAGCGCACAAUGUACCUGCCCGAAUGGAACUUACAUCAACGGCGUUGGUCAUUGUGCCUUCGAAGCUUGCGACACGGUCGGCUGUGGUCAAAUGGAGGCUUGGGCGAGUUUACUUUGUUACCCUGAAUUCAGCUACUAUUUUGGGGUCUGUCCUUCAGGCAAGACCUUUGCACCAGGAGAGAGCACAUUAAUAACGGUGACAUUCGCGAAUCCGGCGGGAACAUCGGCACCCAUCACCAACGAUCAUGGUACCACUACGAUGAGUACAACGACAUCUCCCUCAUCUGUCAGCUUGGCCAACCAAAGCUCCGAGCCUGACCUGAGCUCAGGUUCAAAAGCUGGAAUCGGCGUGGGCGCUGGGGCAGGCGCUGCUAUCCUUUUCUGUGUGGCAUUUUGCUUUGGAAUACGGUAUUCUAAGAGACGUACAGCCACAAGCACUGUACAGGCACGCGAUGAAGUUGAAGGAAUGGAGCAGGUCAUACCUCCAUACGAGCUGGCUGGCGAAGAGAAGUCAACCACCGACCCACAGGAUACAAGCAAAAGCAUGAUAGUCAGCCGGUGUUGUCAGAAGAGCAAGAGUUUGCGGCAAGUCACGGGCCCUUGGAUCUUCCAACGACACGCGGUUGAAGUUCAUUCCCGGCGUCCAGUACCAGCUGCUCAAAGUCGAGCAGAAUAGACCUUCUCAUAGAAUUAGUCAAGUAUCUAUGC